UCCGUAACGGUUUCCACGCAGCUGCGCGUCUGCCCGACAGAUAGUCACGGAAGCGAGGAGGCAUCGAGAAACAGCUUCGCUUGGUAACGCGCUCUCUGUCUCAUCGGAGAAAGAGACAGACAAACGCGCGCGUGUUGCCAGGUCGGCCAGCGCGCCGUUGUAAACGCGAAUGAAACGAGCCGAUGGACCGACCGCAGCACGGUCGGGAGACAUCUACGAUCGAUAAAGGCUUCGUGGAGGGACCCCGAAAUCGUCGCGAGACAGACAGAGAAAGAGGAUAGACGCAUCGAUAAAGAAAGAGAGAGAGAGAGAAGGGAAGAAAAGUUCGGCCGGCGUCCCUUUGAUCUUUGACAGCUCCGCGCCGCUUUUGACAGUUCGGGGCGAUUUUUCCCCGACACGACGGUCCUGCGCGCUUUAAAUGUAACAUAUCGGCAGGUGAUUUCACGUCGCUGAUUAAGCGCGCCAUGUCCCGCGAUGGACCAAUCAGCUGCUUGGUAAACCGCCGCGAGACCUCGAGAAUCUGUCCCCCACAGACGAAUGACAACAAAAGAGACUGAUAGAAGUUCGCGCGCGCGAGAGAGAGAGUGUGUGCCCGUGGGUUUUUUCUCGCACGCGAGUGUGUGUCCCCGCGCGUAAAACGUCGAAGGGGGUGAUAUCUGUCCGUCGUCGUCGCCGCCGCCGCCGUUCGCGGCCGCUUUUUUUCCGUUUUCCCGUAGCGCGCCGCGAGUAACGUCGCUUCGCACUUGGUGAAGUGAAAGCGCCGAGGAAUAUGAAGAGGAGAAAUGUCGAGUGCGGUAAGCUUCGGAGGCCCUUGAAACGCAACAAGCUCACCGAGGGAAUCUACGGAAGUACCUUGCUUUAUCUAAAGUUUCUUCUACUAUGGGCCAUGGUGAUUUUGGCAGACUUCAUUUUGGAAUUCCGUUUUGAAUUCUUGUGGCCAUUCUGGCUACUCCUCCGAAGCGUUUACGAUUCCUUUAAAUAUCAAGGCUUGGCCUUUUCUGUAUUUUUUAUUUGUAUUGCACUUACGUCAGACAUGAUUUGCUUUUUUUUCAUCCCUGUGCAUUGGCUGUUUUUUGCUGCCAGCACUUACGUUUGGGUGCAAUAUGUUUGGCACACAGAUAAAGGUGUGUGUCUACCGACUGUGAUGCUGUGGCUACUAUUUCUAUAUAUAGAGGCAGCAGUGCGGUUACGUGACUUACGUCAUAUGCCGUUUCAUCUAGACCUCUGUCGGCCGUUUGCAGCACAUUGCAUUGGCUAUCCUGUAGUUACAUUGGGCUUUGGUUUUAAGAGCUAUGUAGGCUACAGAAUGAGGCAGAGAAAACAGAAAGAUGUAGCAAAGGAGAACGAGUUCUAUCUGCAAUUACUGCAGCAAGCACUGCCUCUAGAGCAACAAGCUAUGUCGAUGCAACAGAUCCAACCACAAGUGCAGUCACAGACGCAACACGUCACUGCAUCGUUGGAACAACACAUUAAAACUCAAACACACAAAUUAAGUCCACAGUAUAAUCCAAGCCCUGAAAAAAGCAGAGGUAAGGGCAGUAACAGUUCUAUAGAAACAAACGUACAAAAUGGUGGAGUACACAAUAGUAGCCAAAUCACAUCACAAUCACAGAGUGCUACUACCAAAGGUACUCAUAGAAAAUCUUUAGACAAGAGUGAAAAACAGCAGGAAGAGCAGCAUAAUAAACAUAAUGUAUCAAAUAAUUCACCAUCGGACAAAAAUGAUAAGAGAUUUAUACACAGUAAUGGAAAUACAGUACCCCACAGUGACAUACAACUUAUCGAGAGGGUGGGAUCUGUAAAUGAUUUUGACAUAAAUGAAGUAGAAAAAGAUAAGUCUAUCAAGGGUUGCGGACACACUACGAUAAAAUCGCAAUCAAACGGUUCGGUAACAGGAAAAUGGAAUAAUGUGAAGGAAAGUCGAGAUGCAUCGUCGACUACCAAUGUUCAACGCGAACGUAAAGCUCGACAGGUCAAAAAUACAGGUGAAAUCACGGCAGAGCAACAAAAACAACAAGAGGAUUAUUAUCAAAGGUUACUGGUGUGUCGCAGGCUCGAGGCGGAUAUAAAACGCUUGAAAUCAGACUUGCAGUCAAGUCGACAGUUGGAGCAAGAAUUACGAUCGCAAAUCAAUACCUUGCUUAAUGGAGAGCGACAGGCUAAGGGCGACAUUCAACAACUCCAACAUGACAAUGAUCAACUACAAAGCAAAUUGCAUGGUCUAGUGACGGCGCGUCAACUGGACAAGCAAACGAUGUCGUCGUUGGAGAAGCGAAUUGCAGACGAGAGGAAACAACGCACCGCAUGCGAAGCGUCCUUGGUCUCCGAACGGAGGGCACGACGGGCUGCCGAGGAGGCACGUUCUGCAGUUCCACCGCCACCGCCUCCGCUUAUCAGGCAAGAAUGUACUGACGCGUGCAAAAGUCGAAGAUCACAAAUGGAACAGGAUCUUAAAAAUUUACGCCGUGAACUCAAAUCGAAGGAAGACAGGUGUAACGUAUUGGAAAAAGAUACAGCGCGUUGCAAAGAGAACCACAGAGAGUCUGAAAUUUUACUCGCUGCACUCAACGCGCUACAGGACAAAAACGCGCAUUUGGAAAACAGCUUGAGCGCAGAGACACGUAUAAAGCUUGAUCUUUUUUCGGCACUCGGUGAAGCUAAGCGGCAAUUAGAAAUCCGCGAAAGCUUAAUCAGAUCUCACGAGAAAGAAAUCGAGAUGUUGAAAACAAAAAUAGCGCAAGAUUUAGCUGUGAUGCCACAAGACACAUUUGGUCCAGCGCCAACCUGUGCGACGUCCAAGCUACGUUUAAAUAGUGAAGUGAGAGUAGCAGGAACAAAAAUACGUUCAAACGAAAGUCCCUGUCCGGGGUGUACUGUGUCGAAUUUGGAUCCGAAUGCGACAGCGUACACGCCUAAAAGCUCCCUCGUAGCGUCGACCGAAGCUUAAAAACUGCAAUUGUUCUUUCAUCAGAGCCCGAGUAGUAGGAUGUAUCAAUUACAAAAGGAUGUUUCAAGUUUCUCCGUGGAAAUAUUAACCAUUUAAGUUCCUUCAAGUAUAUGGCGAAAAUAUACGGAUUUAUCGAUAUAUCAGAUCUUUCCUGUAUUCAUCUUCUUUAAGAAG